CUGAUGCUGCUCAGUUGAGCGCCGUGCCUGAUCGAAGAAGGUCGCGUUUUACUGGUGUUCUCUCGAUCCGACCACAACCCCCCCGGAGCAGGACUGGUCCGCCCUUCAGCGCACAGUGUGCUGGCCGUGAGCGUGUGUUCCGUUGUGGCGUGUGGCUUUCGUGUGCGCGUACGUGCGCGCUAACGUGAGUGUGCGUGCGUGCGGUCCUGUGUGUGUGUGCGCUACCAUUUGUUGGUUGUGCGCCGGAUAGCGAGUGUGUACCUUGUGCGUGUGUGCGAGUGUGAGUGUAUCGCGCACACCUAUCCUUUGCGUGUGAACGCGCGCGUGUGUGUGUGUGGCUGUUGGUGUCGCUCCCUUUCACCACCACUACCACCAACACCAUCCAGCCUUUCGUUGUUACGUCCGGUCUGAGGAGAAAGAAUUAAAGUUCAACGUGAAGAAGAGUCUUUCAGCUAAAUAUCAAAUAGUGAGAGUUCAUAUCCGCAUUUGCAAACUUUGCACACGGUGGUGUGUGUGUGUUCAAUACAUACACAUUACCGCUGGUUUUGUCCUAGCCGUAUUUGUCCUUCGAUUCCCGUUCGGCAUUAGAGGGAACAAUGCCGCAGACCGGUAGGACGGACUCGUACCGUGUGGCCACGGUGGCCCCACUUAAGGAUGACAAUCGCACAGCCGAUGGCCAGUUCAAGUCAAGACGCAAAAUGCCGCCAAAAAAGAAAACUGAUUUAGAUGAUCUGAAGCAGGAGCUCGACAUCGAUUACCACAAGAUCACACCGGAGGAACUGUACCAGCGACUACAGACACAUCCGGAAAAUGGUCUGAGUCAUGCAAAAGCCAAGGAGAAUUUGGAACGUGAUGGACCAAACGCCCUGACCCCACCCAAACAGACGCCCGAAUGGGUUAAGUUCUGUAAGAAUCUCUUCGGCGGUUUCGCUCUGCUCCUGUGGAUCGGUGCCAUCCUCUGUUUCAUCGCUUAUUCGAUCCAGGCCAGUACCGUUGAGGAACCGGCUGAUGAUAAUCUGUAUCUCGGUAUCGUGCUGGCCGCUGUCGUGAUAGUUACCGGCAUUUUCUCAUACUACCAGGAAUCGAAAAGUUCGAAAAUUAUGGAAUCGUUCAAGAACAUGGUGCCCCAGUUCGCUACCGUGCUGCGUGAGGGUGAGAAGCUGACCCUGCGCGCCGAAGAUCUGGUCAUCGGUGAUGUCGUAGAGGUCAAGUUCGGCGAUAGGAUACCGGCAGAUGUUCGCAUCAUCGAAGCGCGUAACUUCAAGGUUGACAACUCGUCGUUGACUGGUGAAUCCGAGCCUCAGUCCCGUGGACCCGAUUUUACUCAUGAAAACCCUCUGGAAACGAAAAAUUUGGCCUUCUUCUCGACCAACGCUGUUGAAGGAACUGCUAAGGGUGUUGUCAUCAGCUGUGGUGAUCAUACCGUGAUGGGACGUAUUGCAGGUUUGGCUUCGGGUCUGGAUACUGGUGAGACUCCAAUCGCUAAGGAAAUUCACCAUUUCAUUCAUCUGAUCACGGGUGUCGCUGUGUUCCUCGGUGUGACGUUCUUCGUUAUCGCAUUCAUCCUCGGUUAUCACUGGCUGGACGCUGUCAUCUUCCUGAUCGGUAUCAUUGUCGCCAACGUACCGGAGGGUCUGCUGGCCACCGUCACCGUGUGUCUGACGCUCACUGCCAAACGUAUGGCUUCGAAGAAUUGUCUGGUAAAGAAUCUGGAAGCCGUAGAAACACUCGGCUCGACUUCGACUAUCUGCUCGGAUAAGACUGGUACGCUGACCCAGAACCGGAUGACCGUUGCGCAUAUGUGGUUUGACAAUCAGAUCAUUGAAGCCGAUACCACUGAGGAUCAGAGUGGUGUGCAGUACGAUCGCACUAGCCCUGGAUUCAAGGCCCUGUCCCGCAUCGCUACACUGUGCAACCGUGCUGAAUUCAAGGGAGGUCAAGAUGGUGUUCCAAUUCUGAAGAAGGAGGUAAGCGGUGACGCUUCCGAAGCCGCUCUGCUGAAGUGUAUGGAGUUGGCCCUUGGAGACGUAAUGAACAUCCGCAAGCGCAACAAGAAGGUGUGCGAAAUUCCAUUCAACUCCACCAACAAGUACCAGGUGUCGAUCCAUGAGACAGAGGAUCCCAGUGAUCCGCGCUAUCUGUUGGUCAUGAAGGGUGCCCCUGAGCGUAUUUUGGAACGUUGCUCGACCAUCUUCAUCAACGGCAAGGAGAAGCUUAUGGACGAAGAAAUGAAGGAAGCAUUCAACAAUGCCUACCUGGAGCUGGGCGGUCUCGGUGAGCGUGUGCUCGGAUUCUGCGAUUUCCUGCUGCCAUCGGAUAAGUACCCGGUCGGUUUCAAGUUCAACUCGGACGAAGUGAACUUCCAGGUCGAAAAUCUGCGCUUCGUUGGACUAAUGUCCAUGAUUGAUCCUCCGCGUGCUGCUGUCCCAGACGCCGUAGCCAAGUGCCGCUCGGCCGGUAUCAAGGUCAUCAUGGUUACUGGCGAUCACCCGAUCACUGCUAAGGCCAUCGCUAAGUCUGUCGGUAUUAUCUCGGAGGGCAACGAAACCGUGGAGGACAUUGCCCAGCGAUUGAACAUCCCGGUGUCAGAGGUGAAUCCACGUGAGGCAAAGGCUGCCGUCGUGCACGGUUCGGAACUCCGUGACCUGUCGUCGGACCAGAUGGACGAAAUUCUGCGCUACCAUACGGAAAUUGUGUUUGCACGUACCUCGCCACAACAGAAGCUGAUCAUCGUGGAGGGUUGCCAGCGCAUGGGAGCUAUUGUCGCUGUAACUGGUGACGGUGUGAACGAUUCGCCCGCCUUAAAGAAGGCUGACAUCGGUGUUGCCAUGGGUAUUGCCGGUUCGGAUGUGUCGAAGCAGGCUGCUGACAUGAUUCUGCUCGAUGAUAACUUUGCUUCGAUUGUUACUGGUGUCGAGGAGGGACGUCUGAUUUUCGAUAACUUGAAGAAAUCGAUUGCCUAUACGUUGACAUCUAACAUUCCGGAAAUUUCGCCCUUCCUGGCAUUCAUCUUGUGCGACAUUCCGCUACCGCUCGGCACUGUCACUAUUCUGUGUAUCGAUUUGGGCACGGACAUGGUACCUGCCAUUUCGCUAGCCUACGAACAUGCAGAGUCCGAUAUCAUGAAACGACCACCGCGUGAUCCAUUCAACGAUAAACUUGUCAAUGAGAGACUUAUCUCGAUGGCUUACGGUCAGAUCGGUAUGAUUCAGGCAGCUGCCGGUUUCUUCGUGUACUUCGUCAUCAUGGCUGAGAACGGAUUCUUGCCGCUGAAGCUGUUCGGUCUCCGCAAGAGCUGGGACUCGAAAGCCAUUAACGAUCUCACCGAUUCGUACGGUCAGGAAUGGACCUACCGCGAUCGCAAGACCCUCGAGUUUACCUGCCACACCGCGUUCUUCGUGUCGAUUGUCGUUGUCCAGUGGGCCGAUUUGAUCAUCUGUAAGACUCGCCGUAACUCGAUUUUCCACCAGGGUAUGAGAAACUGGGCCCUCAACUUUGGUCUCGUGUUCGAAACGAUACUUGCUGCCAUUCUGUCCUACACGCCGGGCAUGGACAAGGGUCUGCGCAUGUUCCCACUGAAAUUCGUUUGGUGGCUACCAGCUUUACCGUUCAGCUUGUCCAUCUUCGUGUAUGACGAAAUUCGUCGCUUCUACUUGAGACGCAAUCCAGGCGGCUGGCUAGAGCAAGAAACGUACUAUUAGGUCAACAAAUUUAUAUUUAAAAAGAUUAAUUAAACAAACAAACAACAAAAAAACAAACAAAACCAACUCCCCCCACACACAGACACAUACAACACGCACACAAACACAGACAUGCAUACUCUAUACAUGAACCAGCCAUACAUAAGAAAUGCUCACGGGCAACAAACAUAUGCACCCACACACACACACACAGCCCCUCCACACACGUACACACACACACAUACACAACAAACACUUCGAACCACGGAGCCUGGUCGGAAGGAGAGGGAGUAAGGAUUGUGCAACGCUACAUAGUAUGAGCGAUAGAACGGUGCAAAACACACAUUAUAAUAAACCAAUAUAAGAAAUCGUGUGGAUAGUUUGCGAGCAAAAGAAGAAUAAAAUAAGCAUUAAUACGAACGAAUAUAGUAGUACGACGGUUAAGCAGUUUUAGCAGCACGGACGGACGGUGUAGCAGUGGCAGAUAAAAAAAAGCUAGCUAGCUAGGGUAAGACGAGAAUGGAAGGAACACAGCAUCGAUCGUAACGCGAUUCCGCGCAAGCCCAACCUGAACCGUGCGUGCGCGCGCGUGUGGUGCACGGCACCACCCUAGGGAUAGGGGCGUUUGUGGGCGUAGGAGCGGCAGAGCAAACUCCUACCAGCGAAUCACGGAACCGGAUCGGGACCCGGAACACGAGUGUUUAGAGGAAAGGGCACAAAAACAGCGCGCAGGUCCAAAGUGUGUGUGUGUAUGUGCCGUGUUUGUUCAUUAAAAGUCCGGUUCAAAGAAGUGGCGCGGCCAUCGGCCUCCCCCAUCCCCCCACCAGUUGGGGGGAAAACAUCGGUAAUAUGGCGCCUUAAUAAACACUCUAUCUGUGGGAGAAAACACCACCUCACGAA